AUGCAUGAUGUUUGCAAUUACAACACAUAUUUCAUUCAGAAGUACAAUGCUGUUGGGGUUUUGGGUCUUCUUCCAGAGCAAAAACUUACAGUUGUUUUACGAAUGCUUGCGUAUGGGGCAUCUGUAGACCAUGUGGAUGAGAUUGUUAGGAUGGGGAAAUCAACUAUCCUAGAGUGCUUGGUCAGAUUCUGUGAUGCAAUAGAAAAUCUUUACACUAGGGAUUACCUCCGCAAACCUACGCCUAGGGACCUCCAAAGGCUUCUACGAAAAGCCAAAGCUCGAGAUUUCCUAGAGGAUGAGUAUGAUUAUGAUGCUCUAGAGGUGUUCGAACCCGAUCCCAUGAACACGGCAUUGACAAGAAUUUAUGAAAGGCCUAUGGGAGCAAAUGGACAACCAAUGGAGCACGAACUGUUGAUUAGGGAUGAUCGAUACAACAACCUUAUGAUUGACCGUUAUCAAGAAAUGCAAUCUUUGUAUGUUCACGAGAAACGUCAAGUUGACUUGAUCGAGCACUUAUGGGAUAUGAAAGGCAAUCACGGUGGAUGA